AUGGCCCAUAAAUUCCUCGCUUCCCUUCUCCUCUCUCUCCUGGCCGCCUCUUCCGCCGUGGCCGAGAGAGGCUCCUCCCCCCGCCUCAGCCGCCAGCAACAGUGCCGUUUCCAGCGGCUGACCGCCGCCCAGCCGUCCCGCAGAAUCCAGUCCGAGGGCGGCUUAACCGAGCUCUGGGAAGAGCGCGAGGACCAAUUCCAGUGCGCCGGCGUUGUUGCCAUGAGGAACACAUUAAAGUCCCAUGGACUCUCCCUUCCAAAUUACCAUCCUACCCCCCGCCUCGUCUUCAUCCAGAAAGGCCAAGGGUAUAUAAGCAUCACGUUCCCCGGUUGUGCGGAGACUUACCACGCGCACAAGACCCAGCAAACUCGCGAGUCCACCGAAGAAUGGGAGCGCAAACAAAAGGGAAGCGUAAGGGAUUUGCACCAAAAGGUCCACAGAAUCCGACAAGGAGACAUCAUUGCAAUCCCACCUGGCGCGGCCCACUGGUGCUACAAUGACGGAAAUGAAGAACUCGUCGCCGUCUCCAUCAACGACCUCACCCACAUGUCCAACCAACUCGACCAGAAAUUCAGGCAAGGCGAAGAGGCCCAACAGACGUUCCAAAACAUAUUCCGGGCUUUUGACUCGAACAUCAUGGCCGAGGCCUUCAACGUGUCCCCAGACAUUAUCGAGCGCAUGCAGGCCGAGGAGAAGGAGAAGGAUCGCGGGCUUAUCGUCAUGGCCCGCGAGCGCAUGAGCUUCAUCAGGCCCGACGAGGAGGAAGAGGAGGAGGAACAACAAUACAAGUACGGCCCGAGACAGUCGGAUAACGGCCUCGAGGAGACUUUCUGCACCAUGAAAAUCCGCACCAACAUCGAGAACCGCAAGGAUGCCGACAUCUACUCCCGACAGGCUGGGAAAGUCAACACGGUUGACCGCCACAAGCUCCCCAUCCUCCAAUACAUUGACAUGAGCGCAGAGAAAGGCAAACUCUACCCGAAUGCGAUGUUGAGUCCUGAUUGGGCCAUGAUCGGGCACACGAUCGUGUACGUGACUAAGGGUGAUGCGAAGGUGGAGAUCGUGAGCCACAAUGGUCAAGCCGUUAUGAACGAUCGGGUGAAUGAAGGGGACAUGUUUGUGGUUCCUCAAUAUUACGCGUCCACGGCUCGAGCGGGUAAUAACGGGUUCGAAUGGGUGGGCUUCAAGACAUCGGGCUGGCCCAUGAGGAACCAGGCGGCGGGCUACACAUCGGUUAUUCGGGCCAUGCCAGUUGGCGUGCUUACGAACGCUUACCAGAUAUCGAGCGAGCAGGCACAAGGGCUGAAGAACAAUAGGGGAGGGCAGAGCUACUUGUUGUCUCCAGGUGGGAGGCAGUAUUAUUAG